AGUAAGUACUCAGCCAAACUCAACCUCAGCUUUACCAUUUGCUGCCGUUUUCUCCCACACAGACAAGGAGAACCGGAUGACCGGAGCAACAAGAGGACUAAGACGGCCAGUGCCGGCAUGGCCAAGGCGGCCGCGGGCAUGGGCAAGGCGGUGGCGGGCGUGGGCAAGGCGGCCGUGGCAAAGCCCGGUGACGCACACAAGAACAUGGCUGCACGUCUCUCAGCAGCAGCUGGGCAGGCGGCCGCGAAGGCCACGGAGGCGGCCGUCCAGAAACAGGCGGCCGCCGCAAGGCAGGCGGCUGCUGCUUAGAUGCGUGAUGCUGGCAAGUUUGUGCCACUUGCUUGGAGCGUCGCAACGCCGGUAGAGAGCCGGGGGCUGGGGGCAAGGCGAAACAUGCACGGGUAAGGCGGGGCGGGCUAGACGGGGCAUGCACAGGCAAGGGCGGGGCAAGGCGAGGCAUGCACGGGUAAGGGCGGGGCAAGGCCGGGCACGCACCGGGGGGUGCGGGGCAAGGCUGGGCACGCACGGGUAAGGGCGGGGCAAGGCGGGGCACGCACCGGGGAGUGCGGGGCAAGGCGGGGCACACACCGGGGAGUGCGGGGCAAGGCGGGGCACGCACCGGGGAGUGCGGGGCAAGUAAGGCGGGGCGCGACCACUGCGGUCUUGUAACAGCUGUUGGAUGCCUGCAGUGCCUCUCUAAUGGACGGGACGGGGGUCGUAGGGCAGCCGCAGUUACCAUGUUCGCCGCAGAGUUGGCAUCGCGGCCUUCAUGUGUAAUGUUCAGCCGGA